AGAAAUAAGUAUGGAUGUGAAUAGGACGAAUAAUAGAACAUCAUCGGAUGAAAUGGACGAGGAUACACUGCUGCUGAUAAACCUGUACCGCUUUUUAAUCCCUUUGAUGUGCGUCUUCUGCAUGAUAUCCAUUUGCGUCAACAUCCGAGUAUUGCUGUCCGCACAUUGGAUCCGAAGACCUCUUUCGCCCACUCUCCACAUCAGCUUAAGUUUAGCAGCGGCCGACGCCUGCUCGUCUCUCCUCCUCGGAACGGGUCUAAUAAUUAACAGCUACCUACCGAUUGUCCAUAACAUGAAGAUCCUACCAACAAUAUCCUUCAUCCAAAUUGAAAUGUUUAGGUUGAGCGGAAUCCUGAUUACCGUUGCUCAUCUACUCGCAUUGAGUGUAAACCACUGGCUCGGAAUAUUAAAGCCUCUGCACUACACAACGAUGAUGACGACGAGGAAGGUCACCAUCGUGAUUGUGAUGCUUUGGAUGGUGCCCACAGGACUCUUCGUCGUCUACUUCCAAAGCAAAGUCAACUCGGACGGAUUGGAAUCUUUGAACAUGCUCACGUUCAGACUGGUGUUCUCGUCGCUGCUCUUUGUUCCGUUGAUACUCAUGGUUCUGUUCUACACGCACAUUCUAUUCAUGGUAAGGAAGCAGCAGAAGCUCUGGGCGCAACUGUCCAGAUCAGGCAGCAAGAAGAGCAAAGGCACUUGUAAAUCGCAGCAGCAGAGAAGGACGAUGGAAGGAAAUGUUAAGGCAAUAUGCACUACUCUCCUAAUACUAGGAUCAUGUCUUGUUGGCUGGAUGCCUGCAACGUUGACGUUCUUGCUCAUAUGCGACGAGGGUUGCGUCUACCUCAGAGACGACAUAUCUAUAAGCCCAACCUUCCAAUUCAUGAUACCAUGGAUGUGCAACACACUGUUGAUCCUUAAAACUUUAGCUAAUCCCAUAAUAUACUCCUCGCGCAUGAUCGAAAUCAAGGAAGGUAUAAGGAAGAUGCAUCACGCCGCAAACCGCGCCUUCUGCAAGACAACGACUCGUACCAACAUGAACCGCCCCAUAAUCUAUAGCCAAUCAAACAACGCAGGCGGAACUGCACUUUACAAAUUCAACGGAAGCCUGGGAACCACCAGGAAGAGCGUCCGUUGCCAAUACCCCAACACCCCAGUAUAAA